UUGCGCUGGCUUAAAAUCGUGUUUUUCAAAUUAAAAUUGCCAUUUUUACUAAGUUUAAUGUUAGAAACCAAUUAGUAACAAUCCCACGAUGUUGCUUUAUAGGAAAAAAUUAGAAGCAAUACUUAGUUUAUUACUAGUUGGCCUGCUAGGGUUAAAACACACUACAGCCAAGCAUAAAACCAAAUCAGUGACAACACUAUUAGAUGCGAAAUGGAAACAAACACCUUUAGUACUAGAAGUUAGUGAAUUCCUAGCCGAUGAAAAUGUUGAAUUUUAUUGGAAUUACCUCGAUUCAAUUUCUGCAAUGAAUCCACCACUAAAUCAAAUAGAUAAUGACAAACGAAGAUAUGAAACUCUCCUGGAACAUGCAGCUGAGCUUUUAAGUCCAUCACAAUUAUCAGUAUUAAAACUAAGCUUAUCUCUACACAUUUAUUCUCCCAAAGUGCAAAUGUUCAAGCAAAUAGCCACUGAAAAGCACUUGCCAGCAUGCCAAUGUGUAGCUGACGUUUUUGGCCAGUUAAGCUGUGAUUUAGAUGAAAUAAGUAAUUUAAUUGAAAAGCCACCAAAAGGCUACAAAAACCCAGAACUAUUCAAUUUGGAUAAUCAUUAUCCUGGCUCAGCUAAUCGUAGCUUAGUUGUUGUACUUUAUGGCGAACUUGGUACUCUGUGCUUUUCAAAUUUCCAUCAGUUGCUCAAAGAAAAAGCUGUUGGUGGCAAUAUUGAUUAUGUUGUCAGGCAUUUUCCACAGGGCGAUACUGAGCAAAAAUUAAGAUUGUCUGGUUACGGUGUAGAGCUACAGAUGAAAUCAACCGAGUACAAAUCCCAGGAUGACAGUGAACUAACAGGGGAUCAAGAUUCAGGAGAAUCUUCGCAAAGUGAAGAAGAAGAGGAAAUUCAAGGAUUUGAUUUCACCAAAUUAAAGAAUCUAUUUCCAGACCUCAAGAAAAACUUGGACAAGUUCAAGCAACACUUAGAGGAUUCUUCCAACGAAUUGGCCGCUCUGAAAGUAUGGCAAUUCCAGGAACUCAGCUUACAAGCUGCCGAAAGGAUUAUGAAUGCGCCUAAAGAUGAGGCUUUGAAAGUUUUUACUAAUAUUGCUCAAAAUUUUCCUAUGCAAGCUAAAGCUUUAGUCAAAACCGUUGUCAGUCCAGAAUUGAAAAAAGAAAUGAAAAUCAACUCUGACAUUUUCCAAUCAACAUUAAACUUACAAUCAUCAGACACUGCCUUAUUCAUCAACGGAAUGUUCUAUGAUCUCGAUAUUGUCGAUAUUUAUGCAAUUUUAGACGUUUUAAGGCAGGAACUGAAAACUAUGGAAGGUUUGCACGAUUUGGGUUUGAGCGACAAAAAGCUUAGAUCGCUCUUGCAUUUGGACUUCAGCGAAAGCGGAAGCACUUCAGAUUUCGCUCUGGAUAUAAGAGACUCCGCUAUAAGUUGGCUCAAUGAUAUCGAAACAGACUCAAAGUUCAGAUAUUGGUCUAACAGCCUAAUGGAUCUUUUACGGCCAACUUUUCCUGGAAUGCUCAGGCAAAUUAGGAAAAAUUUAUACAAUUUGGUGCUCAUCAUUGACCCUACUGAUCCAACAAUUCGUCCACUCCUUAAAAUCGUUGAAUCCUUUGUGGUACACGCUACCCCUAUUAGAACAGGCCUAGUUUUCAAAGUAGAAUCUUCUAAAUCAGUAACAGGCUUAGAAAAUGCAGGUGUUGCUAUGUUGUGCGCCUACAACUAUGUACAACAAUUGAAAGAUGGGCCUACAGCUUUUGCGUUUUUAAGAACUGUUAUGGGAAGUAGUGACGGAGAAAAAGUUACUGUAGAUGAUGUGGCAAGAGAACUACGUUCUCAGUUCAAUGAAGAUCCACAAGAUAUUUUAGGUGAUGAUUCUGAUUACGAUUUCGGGCGGCAAUUGUCGCAAGAUUUUAUUGAAAGAAUCGGUUCCACCACAUUUCCUCAGGCACUAAUGAAUGGAAUUCCAUUGCCUCAAGAUAAAAUUAAUAUUGAGGAUUUCGAGGAAGUUGUGCUACAAGAAGUCAUGUCACAAACUGCUCAAUUUCAAAAGGCAGUUUACAGGGGCAAACUUACAGACAGUCAAAAUGUAAUCGAUUAUAUUAUGGAUCAGCCAAAUGUAAUGCCUCGUUUAAAUGACAGAAUUUUAAAUAAGGAAAAAUCGUUUUAUUUGGAAAUGUCUGGUAAAACAGCCAGCAGUAACAAUAUGCAAACUGUAUUGCAACAAAGUGUACAGGAUCACGUUAAAUAUUUCACUGUGCCUAAAAAAGGGACCCAAUAUCAUUCCAUAACUUAUUGGAUUGUUGCUGAUUUGGAGUGUCCUAAAGGCAGGAAAUUGCUUUUGGAUGCUUUGGAACACUUGAAAUCUGAAAGUGAUGUUCGGGUUAGUUUUUUGCCCAACGUUGAUGAGGAAAAGAAAAAUGUUUUUAACAAACUUGUAUUGGCCUCUUUGGAAGUUUUACCUGCGGAUAAAGCCCUUGCAUUGGUGCUGUCACUGUUGAGAAAUCAGGAAAGCUACAAGAAAUUGGAGGCAGGAGAUAAGUUGGAUAUUCCGUCUGAGGUGUGGGCUAAACUUGAUUCCCAAGUGAAACACUUGAAAAUGUUUCGCCUUUAUAAUGAAAAUGUUCUAAAGCUUCAAGAAGGCGAGAGAGUGGUCAUUGCUAAUGGUAGAGUCCUUGGCCCGUUGGGUAAAAAAGAAACAUUUUCGCAAGAGGAUUUUGCACUUUUAGAACGUUACAGUAGCGCUACCUAUCUUGAUAAAAUUAAUAAAGUGUUUGAACAAUCAGAUGAUGAUGAUGAUAAUGUCAUUACCGGCGAUACAAUAAUGAAACUGGAACCUCUAUUAGUAUCAAAAGCCUCAAUCAAAUCUCGUUUCGAUAUAUCUUACAGCUCAGAUGAAUACUCUGUUGUAAAAAUACCUGCAAAAUAUCCGGAUAGGGUGGCCUUUGAUUUGGUAGCCAUUGUAGAUCCUGUUUCGAGAGGAGCUCAAAAAAUUGGGCCUAUUUUGCAAAUUUUACAAGAGGUGCUCAAUUGUAAUAUUAAAUUGUUUUUGAAUAGUGUGGAGAAAAAUAGUGAUAUGCCAGUGAAAAGUUUCUAUCGUUUUGUCUUGGAUCCUGAAAUCCAAUUCACAGAAGAGGGUAAACAAUUGCCAGGUCCCAUUGCAAGAUUCAACAAUAUGCCAUCCUCGCCUCUGCUCACUCAAAACUAUCAUGUGCCUGAAAAUUGGCUUGUCGAAGUUGUACGUUCUGUAUAUGAUUUGGACAAUAUUCGCUUGGAAAACGUGGAAAGCAAUGUCCACAGUGAAUACGAGCUAGAAUACUUACUCCUGGAAGGGCAUUGUUUUGAGCAAAACACUGGCAGCCCUCCAAGAGGGCUGCAAAUUACUUUGGGCACUGAAAACCAACCUGUCAUCCUUGACACUAUAGUGAUGGCUAAUUUGGGGUAUUUUCAAUUGAAAGCCAACCCUGGAGCUUGGCUGUUGAGGCUCAGGCAGGGUAGAAGCGCCGAUAUUUAUGAUAUUGUUAGCCAUGAAAACACAGACACACCGCAAAAUUCAACUGAUAUUAAAGUGCUGAUUAGCCAGUUAAGGUCACAUAUUGUUAAAUUGAAAGUGCAAAAGAAGCCUGACAAGUACAACUUGGAUUUGUUGUCAGAGGAUGAUGGUAAUGGUGGAAUAUGGAAUUCUAUUACAAGUUCUUUUGGUGGCAAAGAAGAAGAAACUGAAGAAAAACUAAACAUUUUCUCAGUAGCCUCAGGCCAUUUAUACGAAAGAUUCCUGAAAAUAAUGAUGCUUUCGGUGCUGAAACAAACAAAAACUCCUGUCAAAUUUUGGUUUUUGAAAAAUUACCUUUCGCCCCAAAUCAAAGAUUUCCUACCGUACAUGGCCAAACAGUACGGUUUCGAAUACGAGCUGGUACAGUACAAGUGGCCCAGAUGGUUGACCCCUCAAACAGAAAAACAAAGAAUCAUAUGGGGCUAUAAGAUUUUGUUUUUGGAUGUACUUUUCCCAUUGGACGUUAAGAAAAUCAUUUUUGUUGAUGCUGAUCAGGUUGUCAGAACUGAUAUGAAAGAAUUGCGUGAUUUUGAUCUUGGUGGGGCGCCUUACGGUUAUACACCAUUCUGUGAUUCUCGCACAGAAAUGGACGGAUUUAGAUUCUGGAAGCAAGGAUAUUGGAGAAAUCACUUACAAGGAAGAAGAUAUCAUAUUUCAGCUCUUUAUGUAGUGGAUCUGAAAAAAUUCAGGAGAAUUGCAGCUGGUGAUAGACUCAGAGGCCAAUAUCAGGCUCUUAGUCAAGAUCCUAAUAGUUUAUCAAAUUUGGACCAAGAUUUACCCAAUAACAUGAUCCAUCAGGUUGCUAUAAAAUCCUUGCCGCAGGAUUGGUUGUGGUGCGAAACUUGGUGCGAUGAUUCUUCAAAAACUAGAGCUAAAACCAUUGAUUUGUGUAAUAAUCCGUUAACCAAAGAAGCCAAAUUGUCGGCUGCCAUAAGAAUAUUGCCAGAAUGGAAAGGGUAUGAUGAUGAAAUAAGAGAGUUGCAAAAGAAAAUCGAUUCGGGUUUGUUGGAUGACGAUCCUGCUGCUGAGAGUACUAUCAUUGAAAAAGAUACGACUGAUAUACAUUCGGAACUAUAAGUAUAAGGAUAAAUAAUUUAAAUUAAUAAUGUAAAUUGGUGAUUAUGUACAGUAAGUAAUUUUUGUUUUCAGUAAAAAUAGGUGAAUGUCGUGAUGCUAGGUUGUAAUAUUUACAUCUUUUUUAAGUGAUAUUUUUUGAAAAAUAAAGAUCCUAGGUAAUAUUUUCAGUGCAUAUUUUUCUUGGAAUGUAUCCAUAAAGGAAUGUGGUUGAAAUUUCUAAUACUUAUUCCUUACUACUAAAUACUAAAAGUGAAAUACAAUUAUUCAGCAAAUUGAUGGCAAGUUUACAAGCUACCAAUCUAAUAAAGCUUCAUUUAAUACUGGGAUACAAUUAUAAACAUUCAUACACUUGCGUCAUUGUUCGGCAAAUUUUACACUUUACGUAGCAACAAUUGUAAAAUUUGCACUGGCACCUUUCGAUUUUUUCCUCGACGACCGUGCGGUAGCCUCGGCCGCAGCAUAGGACUCUACAACUGUCCAGACUGGCUGAGGAAACAUUACAAUGUCUGAAAAAUAAAACAGAGAAUAUUGAGGUAAGAAAUUUUGCAUGUUUUGAUAGAAUCUAACUUGAAAUCUAGAAAAUACGGCUUUAUUCGAAAAGAUUAUCGCGUUUAUUUUGGAUUUCACACGAAUAGAUUGCGGAUAUAUGAAAGCCGGUAUUAGUAGUUUUAAGUUUAAGAUUGACUGGUGAU